CAAAGAGCCGCCAUUUUGUUUGGAGCGGAAGAAGGAAGAGCAGAAGAAAAACAAUCACGUUGGUGGAAAAACGCAGAAUCCGUUCGGUCAUGGAAGUCCCGGGACCGGACAGUGACUGGAGGAGUCCACAGUUCCGGCAGAAGGUCGUCGCUCAGAUAGAUGAGGCCAUGAGAAAAGCAGGAACUGCACACAACAAGUCCAGCAACGACAUGGAGAACCACGUGUAUGUCAAAGCCAAGUCCAGAGAGGAAUAUUUAUCUCUGGUGGCGAGACUGAUUAUACACUUCAGAGACAUCCAGAAGAAGAACAUGGGCGGUGGUCCUGAUCCCAUGAAUACCCUGACUAACCUGACGGGGGUAGGAGGGGGCAUGGGGCCCCGCCCUCCUGGUGCUCCAGUGGGUGGCAUGGGGAUGCAGAUAGGUCAGCAUGCCAUGGCAGGUGUGGCUGGAAACCCACAAGCCAUCGGGGUUCCAGGUCAGAUGCCGAUGCAGCAGAUGGUGCAGGUGCAGUCGCAGCAGCAGCAGCAGACAAUCCAGUUUCAACAGUUCCAGCAGCAGCAGCAGCAGCAGCAGAAUGCUGCCAUCCAGCAGCAGUUCCAGGUGCAGCAGCAGCUAAGGGUGCAACAGCAGCUGCAGCAACAGCACCACCAGAAUCAGCAGCUCCAGCAGCAGCAACAGCAGCAACAGCAACAGAACCAGCAGCAACAACCGAACCAACAGCAGAACCAGAUGCACCAGACAAGGAUUCAGCAGCAGCAAAUGGUGCAGCUGCAGCUCCAGCAGCAGCAGCAGCAGCAGCAUGCCCAAGCUCAAGCUCAAGCUCAAGCCCAAGCCCAAGCCCAAGCUCAAGCUCAAGCCCAAGCCCAAGCCCAAGCUCAGGCUCAGGCCCAAGCCCAAGCCCAAGCCCAAGCUCAAGCUCAGGCUCAGUCCAUCCAGCAAAUGGUUCAGCAGCAGCAGCAGCAGCAGGUGGUUCAGGGUCAGCCAGGGCAGAUGCCUCCUCACUCUCAGCAGCAACAGCAGCAGCCUGGCAUGGUUCCUCAGUCUAUGUCUGGACAAAUGACGUCUGCUCAGCACAUUCCCAUCAGCACACUGAGUCAGCAGCAGCAGCAGCAGCAGCAGCAACAGCAGCUCAAGAUCCAGGCGUUCCAGCAGGCCCGUGCAGCCCUACAGCAGCAGCAGCAGCAGGUCCAGCAGGCGCAGCAGGCAGCACAACAAGCCCAGCAGGUGGCAGCACAGGCUCAGCUCAACGCAGCUGGUGGACCUGGACAGUUGGUUCGUCCUGGGAUGCCCAUUCCUAACCGUCUACCUCGAGCUACACUCAAUCCCUCCAUCCCUCCUCCAAAUGCAGCCGCUGCAGCAGCAGCAGCAGCCGCUGCCGCCGCUGCUGCCACGGCAACAAGUGGACAAACAAUGACGCAGCAGGUGCAGCAGCAUUCAAUGAUGUCAUCGCCGUCACCUGUGCAGGUUCAAACACCGCAGUCUAUGCCUCCUCCUCCACAGCCAUCGCCCCAGCCCCCGACCUCACAGCCAAACUCAGCCAGCUCAGGUCCCACACCAUCACCAGGUGGUUUCCAACCUAGCCCCUCCCCUCAGCCCUCACAGAGCCCUGCCACAGCCCGAACCCCUCAGAACUAUGGGGUGCCCUCACCUGGACCACUCAACACGCCAGGUAACCCCGGCUCAGUGAUGAGUCCAGCUGGAGCGUCGUCUCUGGAGGAUCAACAGUACAUGGAGAAGCUCAAACAGUUGUCCAAAUACAUCGAGCCUCUGCGCAGAAUGAUCAAUAAGAUCGACAAAAAUGAAGACAGAAAAAAGGACCUGAGUAAAAUGAAGAGUCUGCUGAACAUCCUGACUGAUCCAAACACGAGGUGUCCUCUGAGGACACUCCAGAAAUGUGAGAUAGCGUUAGAGAAGCUGAAGAACGACAUGGCUGUGCCGACGCCCCCUCCCCCCCCGGUGGCCACCAAACAGCAGUAUCUGUGUCAACCUCUGCUGGACGUGGUCAUGGCCAACAUCCGCUCCCCCGUCUUUAACCACUCCCUUUACCGAACCUUUGCCCCCACCAUGACCGCCAUCCACGGACCGGCCAUCACCGGUCCCAGCGUCUCCGGUCGGAAGAGGAAGCACGAAGACGACGAGCGACAGAUUAUUCCUAACGUCCUGCAGGGGGAGGUGGCACGUCUGGACGUCAAGUUCCUGGUCAACCUGGAUCCUUCGCACUGCAGCAACAACGGCACGGUUCACCUGGUCUGCAAACUGGACGACAAGAACCUGCCCAGUGUCCCCCCGCUGCAGCUCAGCGUCCCUGUGGACUACCCUGAGCAGAGUCCGCACUGGGCUGACGACUCACAGCAGUACGGUGCAAACAGCUUCCUGCAGAGCGUCCACAAGAACAUGACGUCCAAACUUCUGCAGCUUCCUGACAAACACUCUGUGACGGAGCUGCUCAACACGUGGGCCCAGAGCGUCCGCCAGGCCUGUCUGUCGGCCGCCUGAGGCCCCGCCCACUCCACACACACACACUGGUGAUGCGUUCAGGGACUCUCUGCGUGUCACUUGUGUGCUCGUUAGCGCCCCCCUGAGUAUGUGAUAUGAACUAUUAUUUCCUGUUCCCUGAACGCUUCACCGCUCGCAGUCACUUAAAUUUUUAUUUUCAGUCUGAAAAAAAAAACUUUUUUUCUAAAUAAAAAGCUUUGAAGUCA